GUUCUAAUUGGUGACGUGUAGUCCGGGUCCUUGUAAACACUUCUUCUUAUAGCCCAACAAUUACUAGUUGAGUUCAACUCUUAAAAUAAGAACCUAUAUUGUCUUUGAGCUUAUUCUUUCAGCCAUUCAAAUCCCAAAAUGGGCUUUGCUCUUCCCCUCUCUCCCGCCAAAACCUUAACUGCCACAACUGUCAUCACUCAAUUUCCAGAGAACCCUAAAACCCUAAUCCUUGAACAAUGCAAGACCAUAAAAGACCUCAAUCAAAUCCACGCCCACUUGAUCAAAACCCGCCUUCUUCACAACCCGCUCAUUGCCGAAAACCUCCUCGAAUCCGCAGCCAUAAUUCUCCCAGAAUCCAUGGACUACGCACUCUCGAUUUUCCGAAAUCUCAACGAACCCAGAUCACCAGCUUAUGAUAUCAUGAUCAGAGGCUUCACAUUGAAGCAAUCACCGCACGAAGCCAUUCUUUUGUUCAAGCAAAUGUGCGAAAACUCGGUUGCACCAGAUGAAUUCACUUUCCCUUGCAUUUUGAAAGCUUGUUCUAGAUUACGGGCUUUGAAGGAAGGUGAACAAAUCCAUGCCCAGAUCACGAAAUGCGGAUUUGGAUCUCAUGGGUUUGUCGAGAACACUUUGAUUCACAUGUAUGCAAAUUGUGGCGAAGUUGAGGUUGCCCGCCAUGUGUUUGAUGGAAUGUCUGAAAGGGGUGUUAGGGCGUGGAAUUCGAUGUUUUCAGGGUACACCAAGAGUGGGUAUUGGGGAGAGGUUGUGAAGUUGUUUCAUGAAAUGCUGGAAUUGGAUGUUAGGUUUGAUGAGGUCACAUUGGUUAGUGUUUUGACCGCGUGUGGAAGGUUGGCUGAUUUAGAGUUGGGGGAAUGGAUCAGUAAGUAUAUAGAGGAAAAUGGACUAAAGGGUAAUCCUACUUUAGUUACUUCUCUUGUUGAUAUGUUUGCAAAAUGCGGUCGUGUAGAUGCUGCAAGGAGUUUGUUUGAUCAGAUGACUCGGAGGGACGUUGUUGCCUGGAGUGCCAUGAUCUCUGGUUAUAGCCAAACAUAUCAAUGUAGAGAAGCUCUUGAUCUAUUCCAUGACAUGCAAAAGGCUAAUGUGGAACCCAACGAGAUUACUAUGGUCAGUGUUCUUGCUUCCUGUUCUGUACUAGGGGCCCUAGAAACUGGUAGGUGGGUACAUUCGUACAUAAAGAAGAAGAGAUUGAAGCUCACUGUUAACCUCGGAACUGCAUUAGUGGAUUUUUAUGCAAAAUGUGGGUCUAUAGACAGAUCAGUUGAAGUCUUCAAAAGAAUGCCUUUGAAAAAUGUCUUGACUUGGACGGUGCUAAUUCAAGGUCUUGCAAACAAUGGACAAGGACGCAGGGCUCUUGAGUUCUUCUAUUUGAUGCUGGAACAGAAUAUUGAACCAAAUGAUGUAACUUUCAUAGCUGUCCUUUGUGCUUGUAGUCAUGCAGGUUUGGUUGAUGAGGGUCGGAGUUUAUUUGUCAAUAUGAGUAGAGAUUUUGGUAUUGAACCGAGGAUUGAGCAUUACGGUUGCAUGGUUGAUAUUCUUGGUAGAGCUGGAUUGCUGGAAGAGGCGUAUCAAUUCAUAAAAAACAUGCCUAUUAAACCCAAUGCUGUUGUUUGGAGAACGUUGUUGGCUUCGUGCAAGGUUCAUAAAAAUGUUGAAAUUGGGGAAGAAUCACUGAAGCAGGUUGUCAAUUUGGAGCCUACACAUAGCGGGGAUUACAUACUUCUAUCAGCUAUUUAUGCAUCUGUCGGCAGGUUGGAGGACGCAUUGAAGGUGAGGACUCGAAUGAAAGAGAAGGGAAUACGAAAGACACCUGGUUGUAGUGUGAUCGAGUGUGAUGGAGUCAUUCACGAGUUUUUUGCAGAAGACAAUGUACAUCCAGAGCUGGAGGAUAUUUAUGAUGCAACCGAGAAUAUGAUGAAGCGAAUCAAGUCGGCUGGUUAUGUGCCCAACAUCGAAGAGGCAAGACUAGAGGCAGAGCAAGAUGAUAAGGAAGCUUCGAUAUCUCACCAUAGUGAGAAAUUGGCUAUUGCCUUUGGCCUCAUUAGGACUACACCAGGGACUACAAUCAGAAUAUCAAAGAAUCUUAGAGUAUGUACAGAUUGUCACAAUGCCACAAAAAUGAUAUCGAAGGUUUACAACAGAGAAAUUGUUGUCCGGGAUCGCAACCGCUUCCAUCAUUUCAAAAAUGGUUCAUGUUCCUGCAAUGACUACUGGUGAGCCCUAAAACCUCAAUGUAUUGCUGGAUUAGAAGAGAAAUGUAUCCCUGAGCUAAAUGAUCCGUUGCUUCAACAUCGACCACAAUAUAUGCCAGAAAAUCGAUUUGAUUAGAUGAAUUCAAGUCCCAACAAGAGAGAUAUAUGGAGGGAAGGAGAGUCGAUUUGAUUAGGAGAAAUUAUUGGGUAACUAUAUUAUGUUGUCACAUUCUUUGUUAUGCGUGUGCUUAUUCAAAUAUAUAUAUAUAUAUAUAUAUAGAGCAAGAGUGAGAGAGAGACUAUGCCAAGGCAAGCAAUCCAUGUGCAUUUUCUCUUGUAUAGUUGGUAACCAUGGUUAUGUUUGUUUUUUUUUUUU